GGUGCCUGAGUGGGUCAACGCUGCGACAGGGAGAGAACACGGCGAGGUCGCCCUGAGCUAGAAGGAGAACGCCGAGCCAACUCUGGAAGCCAAUGAGAGUGUGAAUGGUGCUCCGCUGCGUCAGCGACGCCCGACCCGCCCUUGGGAGGAGGAUCGCGGGGUCCCGAGCAGCCACGCGGUGGGGAGGCAGCACAGCCGCCCGCCGAGAAGGUUAGGGUCGCGGCGUAGGGACUGGGCCGCAGUCCCCUCCGACAGCCCGGGUCUCCACGCCUCUGCAGUCCGAGCGGAAGGGGCGGGCCCACGGCGAGCAAGGCGAGCCAGGCGCACAAGGUCCAAGGUCCGCGGCCCCGGGGGAGGAGAAGCGCCUGUCUUCUGCGCAGACGCCCCGCCCGGAGUGGGGGGCGGGGUUUAGGCGACCCGGGGGUGGGGCCAGAUCCCGGGCCCGCCUCCACCAGCCUGUGAGCCCUGGAGUGCGUGGCCCCCCCGGCUUAUUCUGGGGGCUUCAGGUGAGCCGGACCAUAGAGGGGCCAGGCAGACCUUCCUCGAGGUCAGGUCGUCUGUCUGACCGCAGGUCCAUCUGUCCUGCCGUCUGCCAACAGCCAUCUCCGUGGAAAAUGGGAGAACAAAGGGAGGGGGCGGUCCUGGGUCCCCUAAGGAAAUUCAGGGUCCCAGGUACCCCGCCCCGCCCGCUGACACUUUCGGUUUCUCCCCGAGUCAUAGGCGCCGCCCAAGAGACCCUGGGCCUGCGCUAGGCGCCGCUGCCUCCUCGCCUUUGCCUGUCCGUCUUUGUGUCUGUGUCUGUCUGGCCGUUCCCAAGCUUGUCUCCACUCCAGAACUAAGCCUCCCGGACGCCGCCGACAGCCCAAGGCUCCCCUCCCCUUUCCCAUGGCAGGCCCCGUGGCCCCAGGGUCUCCUGCUCCAUUCUUGCCGCUGCCUGGGGUGCCUCCUGGCCUCGAAUUCCUAGUGCAGAUUGAUCAGAUCUUCAUUCAUCAGAAGGCUGAACGAGUGGAAACGUUCCUAGGCUGGGAGACCUGUAAUAGGUAUGAACUUCGCGCCGGGACCGGACAGCAACUGGGUCAGGCAGCUGAAGAAAGCAACUGUUGUGCCCGUCUGUGCUGUGGUGCCCGCCGGCCGCUUCGUGUCCGCCUGGCGGACCCCGGGGACCGCGAGGUGCUCCGCCUCCUCCGCCCACUUCACUGUGGCUGCAGCUGCUGCCCCUGUGGCCUUCAGGAGAUGGAAGUGCAGGCUCCACCUGGUACCACCAUUGGCCAUGUACUGCAGACCUGGCAUCCUUUCCUUCCUAAGUUUUCUAUCCUGGAUGCUGAUCGCCAGACUGUCCUUCGAGUUGUGGGGCCUUGCUGGACCUGUGGCUGUGGUACAGACACCAACUUCGAGGUGAAAACUAAGGAUGAAUCUCGAAGCGUGGGUCGCAUCAGCAAGCAGUGGGGAGGAUUGCUCCGAGAAGCCCUUACAGACGCUGACGACUUUGGCCUCCAGUUCCCAAUAGAUCUGGAUGUAAGAGCAAAGGCCGUGCUGCUGGGAGCCACGUUCCUCAUUGACUACAUGUUCUUCGAGAAGCGAGGCGGCGCUGGGCCCUCUGCCAUCACCAGUUAGAAGCCACCUCAGUGUGAGGAGACCAUCGCCUCAUCCAGAAUUCAAGAUGGUCACCUGCCCUGGCCUCCCCCUCCUGAGGCAACCCCUUCCUUGGUAUACACUGCAGCGGACAGACAGGUGGCUGAGUGGUUGAGAGCCAUUGUGUCCCAUCCCUCCCCUCCCCUCCUUCCUCCUUCACCCAUUGCCAUGGCCCACAGAGGAGUAUGUAUGAGACCUUUCCUCACAGUGUUUUACCGUCUCCCGGCAGUCCCUACCCACACAACGGUAGAUUUUGGACUUCUCUACCCACUCCCUCCUCCAGGGCCUCUGCACAGGAGGAGGCCUAUAGUAUCCAGGACUCACAAGAGGGCUGGUGGGUAAACAGCCAGCAGCACCAAAGACGGCAGACAGGCCACUCUUACGCUGGUUUAGCCAAUUAGUUUAGCUUCAGACUGUGGCACCUUGAGGGGAUCCCCGCCGCCUCAUUAGCAGCUGUAGAGGUUGGGACCCAGUGCCAACUCCCUAACCCCCUGGGCCCGCUGGUGCCUUCUGCGGCUUCUGUGCCUUAUUUAACCGUUCACCCCUCCCUCCCCGAUGCAGGGGAGUGUCUUUGUAUGUUGUACUCAUAUAAACUUUGCAACUUUUUACA